CCGUCUUUUCGAUUCCUUAUUCCUCCCAUACCCUGGUCAAAGAAUGAUGGAGUAGCAGAACUUUUCAAAUUACCACUUACUUACUAGUACAUUCCCACGCCCACUCCAAUGUCCAACCAAGAAGAAGAAUCAUCUCUCUGACUCUCUUCUCGCCUUACCCUUGAAAAGUAAAACCCCUUUUAAUUCUGCAAAACCCGUAUUGUACUUUCACAAAUUUUUAGUGAAAGCUCAAGACAUUGAUUUUUUUUACCCAUUUUAAUCUGAAAACCCAAUUACGCAUUGAAAUAUAUGGAUAAAGCUGUCAUUUUUUUUUCUUUCGAAUCUCUGAAUUUGUCAAUAUAAAUAAAGCUGUCAUUUUUUUGAUUUCCAAUCUCUGAAUUUGUCAAUGCCGAUUCUUCUUUUUCUUCCCGUCUCCUCUACACCUAGGUUGUUGUAGUUUUUAGUGCGAAAUGGAGGAGCCAGGGCAGCUGAAAAGGGCAUUGAUUGAUGCCACGGCUGGGGCUAUUUCGGGUGCUGUGUCGAGGACCGUUACUUCGCCUCUUGAUGUUAUUAAGAUCAGAUUUCAGGUUCAACUUGAGCCUACUGCUCAGUGGGCCUUGCUUCGCAAAGAUUCUUAUAGACCAUCAAAAUACACUAGUAUGUGGCAAGCAACUAAGGACAUCUUCAGAGAGGAAAGGUUACCGGGGUUUUGGCGUGGAAAUGUCCCAGCAUUACUUAUGGUUAUGCCUUAUACAGCAAUACAAUUUACAGUGUUACACAAAUUGAAGACCUUGGCAUCUGGUUCUUCAAAGUCAGAAGAUCAUAUUCAUUUAAGUCCUUAUCUCUCAUAUGUCAGUGGGGCAUUGGCAGGCUGUGCAGCUACUGUUGGAUCUUAUCCAUUUGAUCUUUUGAGGACCAUUUUAGCUUCACAGGGAGAGCCAAAGGUGUAUCCAACCAUGAGGACUGCUUUUCUUAGUAUACUCCAGCGUCGUGGUAUCCGAGGGCUCUAUGCUGGAUUGACACCUACACUUAUUGAAAUUGUUCCUUAUGCGGGCCUUCAGUUUGGAACAUAUGAUACGUUCAAGCGUUGGACGAUGGCUUGGAACAGACACAGAUCUUCUCAUCCAAACGAAUCAGACCUAUUUCUUUCGAGCUUCCAGCUUUUCCUUUGUGGGCUAGCUGCUGGUACAUGUGCUAAAGCUGUUUGUCAUCCACUUGAUGUGGUCAAGAAGAGGUUCCAGAUUGAAGGAUUGCCAAGGGAUCUUAGGUAUGGAGCUCGAGUUGAGGAUCGUGCAUACAAAAAUAUGUUUGAUGCCCUCUGCCGGAUUUUGCAGACAGAAGGCUGGGCAGGGCUUUACAAGGGAAUUGUUCCGUCAAUAGUCAAAGCUGCACCUGCUGGUGCUGUGACUUUUGUUGCUUAUGAAUUCACGUCAGACUGGUUGGAGUCUGUUUCAACUUGAAAUUAUACUGAUUCGUUUCUUCAGUUUCUUUUUCUUUUGCCCUUUGGCAGUAAUUUUGUUCGCUAUUCUGUGAGUUCGUAGUUUAUUGAAACAACUUCUAUAGGAGGAAAUACGAGGGCUAGUGUCAAAUUCUUGCACCUGCAAGCCGUAACUUGUACGCACGAUAGAAGUUAUAACACAACAAAUAGGUUUAGCUGGCCCUAUAAUUGAGUUUGAAUUUUGCUUGAGAUUAAUGCCAAAGGGUAUAUGUUAGCUCUGGGAA